GCACUUGCUGGGCGGAGCAGCCGGUUUGCACUUCCUUGAUGCACAGUGUUGCACAAUGAAAAUACUCACUUUUUUCAGCUUAUUUUCCACAUUCUUAUCAGCGAACAGCAUUAACGUCGAGGAGAACGCAGGGCAGUUCUUCAGCAGUGGUCAUACUAACAACUGGGCUGUUCUGGUGUGUACAUCGAGAUUCUGGUUCAACUACCGUCAUGUGGCCAAUACUCUGUCCGUCUACAGAAGUGUUAAGAGGCUGGGCAUUCCUGACAGCCACAUAGUUCUCAUGCUGGCUGAUGACAUGGCUUGUAACCACAGAAACCCUAAACCUGCCACAGUGUUCAGCCACAAGAACAUGGAGCUGAAUGUGUACGGUGACGACGUUGAGGUGGACUACCGAGGAUAUGAAGUAACGGUGGAGAACUUCCUGCGUGUUUUGACUGGCAGACUGCCCCCCAGCACUCCACGCUCAAAACGCCUCCUCUCUGAUGACCGGAGCAACAUCCUCAUAUAUCUAACAGGCCAUGGCGGAAAUGGCUUUCUGAAGUUCCAGGACUCUGAGGAGAUAAGUAAUGUGGAACUGGCUGAUGCUUUUGAGCAGAUGUGGCAAAAAAGAAGGUACAAUGAGCUGCUCUUCAUCAUUGACACGUGUCAGGGCGCUUCCAUGUAUGAGAGGUUCUACUCUCCAAACCUCAUGGCUUUGGCCAGCAGUCAAGUUGGAGAGGACUCUCUGUCGCACCAGCCAGAUUUGGCUAUAGGAGUCCAUUUGAUGGACCGUUACACCUUUUACCUGCUGGAGUUCCUGGAAGACAUCCACCCUGCAAGCAAAGCCAACAUGAAGGACCUGUUCAAAGUAUGUCCCAAGAGUCAGUGUGUGUCCACACCAGGCCACCGUACUGACCUUUUCCUGAGGGACCCAGGAAGUGCCCUCAUCACAGAUUUCUUUGGUAGUGUGCGCAAAGUCGAGAUCACCAUGGAAACCAUCAACUUGACCGACCUCAUCAAGGAGGCUGAGCAGAAUCCCAUGAAUGAAAAGCCGCAAAAAGUGACUUACUCGUAUGUGGACCAGCUGCCAGUGUCUGAGAUCAUCCAUCAGAAACCAAAGCAGAAAGACUGGCAUCCUCCUGAUGGCUUCAUCCUGGGCCUGUGGACUCUAAUCCUCCUGGUGUUUUUCAAGACGUAUGGCAUCAAGCACCUCAAACACAUCUUCUGAGGCCUCAGCGUUUACGCUGCUGGAUUUUUUAGGACAUGAAGCUGCAGAUCAGGAGCGUUUACUGAAGGGAUAUUAGAGGAAAGGUGCGGUUGGUGACAGGCUUAUUUUUGCGCCUUCUUGGCCAGGAACUGUGUGAUGCAAUUGGUGCCUUUUUUUUUUUUUUUUUUUUUUUGGAUGAUUGCUCUCUACUAAUGAAAUUAUUUUAGAUGUAACAAGGGAGAAGGGACAAAUACUUGAAAGUCAUGUAUCAGAUAUGCAAAGCCUUGUCUCAACCACUGGCAGUAUGGCCAUUUUUAACUGUUUUAUGAUUUAUUUUUGACAAAACAUUGAUGUUAUUUAUUUAUUUUGUGUCAAAAGUUGUUUUGUCAAGGCAUUCCAUAAUUGCGAUUUAAUGAUUUGGUUAAAAUGCACUUAAUUGAGUCCGCAGAUAAGAAUUACAUUUAUUUUUGAGAGCGUGCUACUCUGCAUAUUUCAGCAGCAGCCUUUCUGUUUAAGUGCUACUCAUAACGUCUGCUCGGUCAGAAAAAGGAGCGGGGUGAUUGGCUGUGAGUGGGCUGUGAAGAGAUUACUAUUUAAUGUCUCCCUUGUCCAUAUACAUUACACCCCUUGACUGUCAUAUCAUGCUUAUGAAGGAUAACAAUCGCACCUAAUCCCAUCUCGCAUGAUGGACCCAUCCACUUUCCCAUUCACCAAAUUGCCCUCCCCGUGGAAACAUCCAUUAGCUCCCCAGCCGUGUACUCCACUGAUUGUAUUCUGGGUGAUGGACAGCUAUUUCCCCGGCCAUUUCACGUCUUGCGCUAAAGCAGCGAUAAGUGACUGAUAACCUAGUAAGCUCCCAAAUGAAUCUCCUCUGUGCUGGGACGUGUUUUCCCCCUCUCCUUUUCUCUGCAUGUGUAACCACUCUGCAUUGGGCUCAUUGUUGGGGGGAGUGACUGACGCUAUAAGCAUAUGGAUCGAACCUGAGGUAGUUUAUCUUUGCUCCUUGGCGCGAGGACCUACCCAUCGGGUGCCCGCUGCCAACCUCCCUCGCGGCUGAAGUGGAAAAUAGAUGGAGUUGGAAAUGAAACCAUAUGUAUCAGAAGGCAGCUGCUGCGUCAGCCACCAAGUACCUUUUCUUAUACAUUAUUUAUGCAACGCUUAUUUCUUCAUCCUUUUUCCCAUCCCUGUUUCUUAUUUUCUGUAAUCUCAUUCCUCCUGGUCCCCUUUCAAAGAGAGCAAGCUCAUUUUUUUUCCUUAAUUGGAAAGAUGUUGAUACCCUGAUUAAAGAAGAAACACAAAUGAA